AUGAAGCACACAGAGAGUAUUCAGAAUAUCAUUAAAGAAGUUGAAAAAAAGAAGGAUGAAAUAGCUUCUAAAAAAACAGAAAUACUGACAUUGCAACACCAGAAUGUUGUUUUAUCAGAACAAGCUUACAUCCAAAAGGAUAAACUUUAUAUGCUAGAAGCAGAGUAUCAAGAUAGAAAAAGAAUUUUUGAAAACCUCUAUAUCAAAUACAAAAAGAAAAACUAGAAUAUGUAAGACGAAGAAUUUGAAGAGGCAGAUAUUGACGAGAGUAUAAAUCCUUUGAAAAAAAUAGGAAAAAGAGCCAAUAGAUUACAUACUGAGAUGAACUAAGAUGAUGAAAAAGAAAAGAAAAAUCAAUAAGAAAUAUCAGAUUUAAGAGUUUUAGAAGGAAUAUAAAACUACCUUGAUAAAUAAAUACAAAAAUAUGAUAAAAACAGAAUGAUGAAGCAACUGAACUUCAGUCCAUAAAAAGAGAAAAAUAAAAAUUAAAGCAAAAAGAACAAUAAUUAUAGUGAUAGCAGUAGUGAAGAUGACAAUAAUGAUUCAGACUCUGAUAAAUCCUAAGAAGAUGCUCUUUUGCCAAAGGAAAAAAAUAACGCACAAUUUGUAAGACCCUUUAAUCCUUUUACAUGUGUGUUAAUUAGAUUCAAAACCAACAAAGUAGCUGAAGUGGAUGAUGGGUCAAAGCUCUUACUGAGUAUAAGAGUUGAAGAAAAAACAAAAUUUAUUGAGAUCAAAAGGGCUGCUUGCCAAUAUUGGCAAGUAAAAGAUCCUAACUAAAAAGACAUAAAUGGAAUACUUUCUUAAGCUAUUCAAAAAGAUGAAAACUUUUCUUUCAUGGAUCUUUGCGAUGAGACGAACUCAUCACUACCUGACUCUGAGUUAGUCAUUCAAUUUUUAAUGCAAAAAGGAUAUAAAAAUUUAGGUUAAUGUACAUUAAUUCUAAAACCCAAAGAAUUUAGAACGGGUCUUGAUUCUCUUUAAGCAGAAAGCACUAGAAUAAAUAAAGGUGUUGAUCAAGAAAAAUCAUAAGGCCAAUACUUUGUUAAAAAAGUUUAAAAUAAUUCAAUAAACCCAUAUGAUUUCUUUUUCUAAGAAUAUCCUUCUUUGCAGUUUUAUAUUGAAUUGAAACAACUACAUGAAUCAGAAUCUGGAGAUUCGUAAUAAGAAGAAAUGGUAUUAACAAAAAAUGUGAAUGAUUCGCAUUGCUGCAUUCUAACUUUUUUGAUUAUGAUAAUUGUAGUUACAGCAAUCUAUUUAUCAAAAAUGAUAGAUGUAGAAAUUAAACAUUUCACAAAUACUUAUAUUACAAACACUCUUAAAUUAGAUAAAUUAAAUGAUUUGUAAAACGAUGCUAUUUUUGAUAACUUCUUAAAACUAACAUUAAGUUAAUGCUUUUUUGAUUCUAGAUAUUACGCUCCAAAUUAAGCCUACUUUAAAGAUAAUUUCGCAACUAUUGGUAAUAUUAGAAUAAGAUUCUAAAUGUAAAAUCUAACUUAAUGUGAUAUAUACGCGAAUAGUUAAUCAAAAAACGUUUGUUUUAACUUAGAUGAAACUCAACUUUUAAAGAAGGAUAUAGGUUCCAGCUCAUCAAAAUAUUAAUUUUAAAAGUUUUAAAAUGGACCUACAGAUAAAAACUAACGCUUUGACUUGAAAGGUACUUAUGGAACAUACUCUCCUGAAGGCUAUAUGUUAGAUUUUAACGUGACAAUAUCAAGAAAAAAUUAUCAAGGCCAGAUAGAUUUACUAAAAAAUCUCAUCUUAUAUGAACUAGAACUAAGAGUUAUUAUAGUAACAUUUACUCUCUACAAUCCAACAUUAGAUAUAUGGGUAAACGUAAAUAUUAUAAUUGAAAGAGAUCGCUAUGGUUCAAUGAUACCUUCCACUCCUAAAAUCUACUUUUUUAAACCAAACAUAUAUGAAGGACCUGAUGGUUCUACUAUGUUAGCAUUAGAUAUCAUCAGACUUGUUUCUACAGUUAUUUUGCUUAUAUUUGUUUUUUACUAAAUCUAUUUAACACAGUUGAGCUAUGUUUUUAGUUUGUUAGGAUUUCUUAAUAUAACUGUUAUUGGUUUUAGUGUAGCAUCUCUAGCUCUUAGUUUUCUAUCUUACUCUUGUGGAUUUGAUGAAAAUAAAUUAUUUAGUUUACAUACCAAUAUGGUGAAAGAAUAUGAUAGUCUUGAUAUAAAAAAUAUUACAUUAGACAACUGGAUAGCAUUUUAAAAUAAAUAUUAUGUAGAUUUGACUUAUGUAGGAUAUCUUUACACUUCCUUACAGAGCAUACAAUCAAUCUUGAUAACAAUCCUCCUAUUUAGAUUCAUUUUUGUUUUUUCAUUCUCCAUUUAUCUUAAAACAAUUGUGGAUACAAUUAAAAAUGCUGGAGGAGAUUUGCUUAAGUAUUUCAUCAUACUUUUGCCACUUUUAAUUUCUUUCGCACUUAUUUUUUAUUAAAUCUGGGGAGCUUACAUAGAAUAAUUUAAUAACUUGACUGCUUCUUUAUGCUCUGUUAUUCUAAUGACUAUUGGAUAUAUGAAUGCUGAUUAAAUCAAUUAAAUUAAUACCGUAUGGUCAAUUAUUUUUGUAGUUCUUUUUUACCUCCUGAUUAUUUUCCUUUUCUACAGCUUUAUUUUGGGAAUUAUGGUUGAGAGUUAGCAUAGUGUAAUUAUGUAAAAAGGUUAUCCUUCAAUGCAGAAAUCUACAAUUACAGGUGUAAUUAUAAUAUAAUGGUUAUUUUAGUGGGUUCCUGAAGUGGUAAAGGAUUACUUUAGUAAAUUUGUUAGCAUUAUAAACGAUGCAUCAAGUAGUAAUGAAAAAAAAGUUGAUGGUGAAUAAAAUAGUUUUGAUGAAACUUAAAACUUAAAAAGUGGUAAAAUGUGA